UAAUUUUUUUAAAUUUCAGACUCAAAUGUGGCAGCACUAUACUUCACUUUUAUGUGGAAAACUUUAAAAAAUUCUAGUAAAGAUGAAUAUGACAAAUAAAUUUGAAGAAAAAAUGAACUGAAACAAAAACACGAUGAAAUAUUUUACUCAAAAUGGUAAAGAUAAGGAAAAUACCCUAGUUGAAAUUACGUAGAACUACUCACUGACGAUACCACUGGAACGAAUUGCGUCGUUGCUCUGUCCAAGAGAAAGUCAAUGCAUACGUCCUUUGUGUGAGAUCUUCCUGAAAAGACGACGCUUGAAAGAAGGCUCUCUAAACAAACGUCUUGAUUCAUAGUAAUAUGAGUAAUGUACCCAACCAAAAUGGAUCAGGUCUAGAGCAGCAGUUUGCUGGUCUGGACUUGCAGGGUAGUCGGCAGCAAGGAAGCGGCCGCUACGUGCCCCCACACCUUCGUAAUAAAGCUGGUAGUCAGCAGGCAAGUAGAGGUGGUGAUUAUGGUGGUGGCAGCAGCAGCAGUGGAGGAAGUUACAGAGGUGGCAGUAGCAGCGGCCGCCGAGAUGACAUGCGAGAUGAGAGGGUUGAUGACCGUUACGGGUAUGCAAAUGGCGAUUGGGACGAUCGACGUGAGAGGGAGCGUGGAGGGGAAAGAGAUAGAGACUAUCGCUCCGGUGGCGGAUCUCGAGAUGAUUGGGGAAGUAGUAGAAGCAGCGGCAGUGGUGGCGGUGGAGGUGGUGGCGGUAGUCGCUGGAACGACCGUGGCAAUGAGCCACCCAGCAUGCGCAAUGAUCGUUGGCAAGAGCCACCACCAAGCAGCCGUGGCAGCAGCGGUUAUGGUGGUGGUAGCGGCAGCAGCAGUGGUGGUGGUGGCGGCAGCGGCGGCGGUGGUCGUUGGAAGGAUGGCCAUAGCCGAGAAGCUGACUGGACUACCCUCACCCCACGGGAUGAGCGAUUGGAAUUUGAACUGUUUGGCUCAAGCAAUACAGGCAUUAACUUCAAUAAGUACGAGGACAUUCCUGUGGAGGCAACUGGAGACAGUGUACCUCCACCCAUCAACAGUUUUGAAGAAGUACAGAUGACUGAAAUUAUUCAAAACAAUAUUGCUCUGGCCCGCUAUGAUAAGCCCACACCAGUGCAAAAGUAUGCAAUUCCCAUAAUUACGAAAAGACGUGAUCUGAUGGCAUGUGCACAAACAGGUUCAGGCAAGACAGCUGCUUUUCUUGUUCCUGUUCUUAAUCAAAUGUAUGAGAGAGGUCCCCAACAAAUGAACUCCAGUGCUCGUCAGUACGGGCGCCGCAAGUUGUUUCCUUUGGGCUUAGUAUUGGCUCCUACUAGAGAAUUAGCUACUCAGAUUUAUGAUGAAGCUCGUAAAUUUGCAUACCGAUCUCGUCUGCGUCCGUGUGUUGUUUAUGGUGGAGCAAAUGUUGGUGACCAGAUGCGGGAGUUAGAUCGUGGAUGCCACUUGCUUGUUGCUACUCCUGGUCGACUGGUGGACAUGUUGGAACGUGGAAAAAUUGGCCUAGACAGUUGCAGGUAUCUAGUUCUCGAUGAGGCUGAUCGUAUGUUGGACAUGGGUUUUGAACCUCAAAUUAGGAGGAUUGUUCAGCAGGAUACCAUGCCCAAGACCGGAGAUCGACAAACUCUUAUGUUUUCAGCUACAUUUCCCAAGGAAAUUCAGAUGCUGGCACGUGACUUCUUAGACAAUUACAUUUUCUUAGCAGUUGGUCGUGUGGGAUCAACUUCCGAGAAUAUUACACAGAAAAUUGUGUGGGUGGAAGAAAGUGAAAAGCGUUCAUUCUUAUUGGAUUUACUCAAUGCUGCUGGGCUUCGAUGUGAAUUUGGUGAUCAGGGAAACACUUCCGAUCACUUAACACUAGUCUUUGUGGAGACCAAAAAAGGUGCUGACUCUUUGGAUGAGUUCCUUCACAAUGAAGGUUAUCCUGUGACUUCCAUUCAUGGAGAUAGAAGCCAGAGGGAGAGAGAAGAUGCUUUACAUCGUUUCCGUACUGGACAAACGCCUAUUCUUGUUGCUACUGCUGUGGCAGCUCGUGGACUGGAUAUUCCUCAUGUAAAACAUGUUAUAAAUUUUGAUCUACCUUCUGAUGUGGAGGAGUAUGUUCAUCGCAUUGGUAGAACUGGCCGUAUGGGCAAUCUUGGCUUGGCCACUUCUUUCUUCAAUGACAAAAACCGCAACCUGGUACGAGACUUGGUGGAGCUAAUUCAAGAGACAAAACAAGAACUGCCAAGUUGGUUGCAUGAAUUGGCAUCUGAACGUAUGCCUUCAAGCAGUCGUCGAGGAGGAGGAGGAAAAAGGUUCAGUGGAGGCUUCGGCUCUCGAGAUUACAGACAGGCCGGUGGUGGAGGUGGAAGCAGUGGAGGUCGUCCUUCAAUUGGUGGAAGUGGCCGGAGCUUUGGUUAUGGCAGUGGAGGUGGUGGCUCCUAUUCUGGCUCAGGAGGUGCAUAUGGCAGCAGCUACGGUGGAGGCUACAACAACAACAGUAGCAAUGGUCAUGAUUGGUGGGACAGUUAAACUGUCUGCUGUAGGUAAAUGUCACGUUUGACCAACCAAAACCCUUCUCAUGUUUGUAUUAAUUGAAACUAGCAAAUUAAGCAAAACAAAAGUAUUUGGUAAGCCUGAUGAAUUUAUUUGUUCAUUUUGUAAGCGAGGUAAAUAUCAGAAACAGAACUUACUGAGAUACCUCCAGUUAACUGUCAGCACAUUCUCCAUUCUGAUUUUGAACUUCUAAAUUAACAAGUGGGAAUUUUAGCAAGGGCUGCCCAAGUCAUGAACUUCAAUGAACCAUGUCAGAAACUACUUGCACUUUGUGUCUGUGUGUAAACUUCUAAAUUACCAUGUGGAUUUAAUGGUGGUGUCUCCUCUUAUUCUGUUUAUGUAAUAUGUGGGGAGGGUGUACUUCAGUUGACACAAAUUUGUCGUCUUAAUAUUUCACUUAGUGCAGUUUUAAAGAGUUUAUUCAGUAUAUAUUAAUUAAAAAUUAGUAGUGUUUUUGAUGGGCAAGAAAUAACUAUAAAAAGCCAUGAGAAGUUUAGUGGUGUUUAACGUAAGUAGCAGCAGCCCCUACCUGCCUUGGGAAGUCUUCGCAAACAGCUGCCGGCAAAACCGGAGCAUUAAACUGAGCAGCCUCUGUCAUUUGCUCAUAUUGUGCCAAGUGGGAGAAGUUACUCCUGGAAUACACUGACCAGGAUUUCUGUUGUUUUGUUAGACUUUGCUGCAGGAGUAAUUGAGAAGAUAGGUGUACGUUGAGGAUAACACUUUAUCUUCUCUUCCCUGAGUAUUUACUCUUGCAUGGCAAAGAAGUUACAGUACAAAGGGAAGGUAUAAAUGAGGCUUGUGCCAAAAUGGCCUGAGAGAGAAUUUAAAAGAUAUGAGAUGUACUGUAAUAUGUGAAUAGUUUGGGGUACACUAGUUGCGUGUUAAUGUUUUUUGAAAGUGCUAGAGGACUUGUUCGCAAGAUAUGGUGGAAAAGUGUGGGGGGAGAAUUGAAGGUUUUAUUUUUCUUAAGAAUAUAAAUAACGAACCAAAUAAGCUUUAAUACAAGAUUCCUAGUUAACGUACGUACGGUAUUAUUUACUAUAAGUGCAAUAACUAGAAAUAAAAAUGGGAAUAAGACUUCAUUAAUGAAAGAACGUUUUUAGCCAUUGCACAAAACACUUCUGAAUCUCUUUUAAGUGGUUGAAGGAUCAGUAUGAAAGAAAGUAUGUUUGUAGUGGGCAUGGGUAUCCUAUACUCACAUCUUUGUACAAAACUUACGGGUUACAAGGCAAUUAUACAUUCAUUGCUGCCUCAUUCUAUGUACUGUGUGAAGAGGCAGCAUUUUAACAUAAAAAGAUUAUCGGAAGGAGGUUGUAUUUGAAACAUUACCACCUUUUUUGAACAUAUUUACAAAAUAAAACUGUAAGAAAUGUAGUAAUUAUAUAUAUACAUUCAUAUUUUCUUGUGGAGAUGAUAGUUUAAUUCAAUGAGAAUAAGAGAUAAUAGCUAGACUAUACCAUUAUUAAAGGGGUGUUGAAUUGGCAAGUUAUCCCAUCAACCAGUGCAGAGGUGAUAAAUGAAUGAUAGUCUGUACGUACGUCAGCAUGACCUCACUGAUAGUUCCAAGAUUGAGGCUGAACAUGUGCCCAGCCUUUUCAGAAAUAUUCCAUAAAUGCAUAGUAGUUAAUUUUUCCCUUCUGUGGUUCCUUGGAGAUGCCCUGGUGGCAUUUGCCUUUCUAAUUACAUAAAGCAUCAGGGUAUAUAAUUUUUUAACAUUGCAAUUAUAUAUAUAUAUAUAUAUUGGUAAGCAUUAGGAGCUUGUAGUCUUUCACUUGUAUUUUAAUUACACACUUAAUGUUUUCAGUGUGUUUAUAUCUUAUGAAUUUUUAGUAAGGAAACAGUAAAAUUGUAUAUUCCAAAGGAAACCUGUUUUUGUGGAUUUUUCUAUCGAAGUAUUUUGUUAAUACUUAAAAGCUUUAAUUGAAUAAAGCCUGACUUAUUUUCGUAUAUUUUCUCAGAAUGUACCAGAAUUGGCCAGACAAGGAAAGAGAUCAUGCGCACCUAAUGAUUUUAAAAUCUUAUAAAUCAAAUUGUUAAGCAGUAUUCUGAACUAUAAAAUAGAUUUUUUAUUGAAAUACUUUUUAGUUUUACACUUAUGUUUUUGAGAGGUGUUAUUUUGACACGCCAGUACCCCAAGCAAAUAUUUCACGCCAAAUAUAAAAGACUAUUUUUUUUUUAAAUUAAAUAUUGAGAGUUAAAAGGUGAAUUAUAGGCAAUUAGGGGGCUGUUGCAUUUCACUUUAUAUAUAAUAUUCAAAUAUACAUAUAUAUCUCUAAACAAUGCAAACAGUGUGUAUUUCUUACAGCUCUUAAUUUUAUAUUUCAAAGCAUAUUCAUUCUUACGCAUAAGUUUCUUAAAUAUCUAGUUGAAAUUAAAAUUUGCAUUUUAGGGGUAGGAAUUCUUGUAGCAAACAUUGGGUUCUGGAUAAUGCUUUUAUCAACAAAAUUUAUUGUGGAGGAUUUUUGGGCAAUUUGGGCUUUGUGUAAUCUGUUAAGUUGUGCUAAAUAACCAUUUUGUCCUUAAAAUUUUUGUUUCUGCGUAAAGUAUUUGUAUUUACAUGGCAACUAAGAAAUUAGCUGCCUAGUUGCAGGUGUAAGCUGGGUAUUGGACUUGUCCCUACAGUGGGAUGUUGUCUGAUUUCUAUCAGAGAAAAACAUUGUGCCUCUUGUGGAUAGUUUCCAAUUUCCAGCAUUAUGAUUGUAAUAUGUAGAAAUGAAAUUCCUUUUCCUAGAAUUUCAAAAUAUCACCUGAAUGUGCAUUAUUUAAUAAUUUACAAUUGCAUGGUUGUAGGUAAGUGUAUUGUUUUAUAGUAGAUUGGUAUGCUAGUUUACAAAAUACUGAACUUUUAAACAAUACCAUCUUCUUUGCAGAAAAUAAUUUGUGCACGAGGGAAAAAUUGUUUUUCUUUUUUGAACAGGCACAAAAUGUUUGCAGAGCACAAUUAAGCAAGGGGAAUUGUUCACUCUUUGUGGAUAUGAUGGAACCUUUUGAUAAAUAUUGGGUGCAGUAUUUUGUAAAUAUUCUGGUUUAUUAGGGCCUGCCCUGAGGUCUGUUUUCAACACAUAGAUGACCUCUGUUGUUUGUUGUAAACGUAGUUGUAAGACAUCUUUGUGGUUUUGCUUUCUGUCACAGGAUAUCUUAAGUUAAUAACUAAAUGUAUUUGUGAACUUAUGCAUUAUGAGGGAUGUCAAACUUGGAGAAAAGCCAGCCAAACUGCACACAUGUAAAGCAUAUCACAAAAAUGUAUGGAAAGUUCACAGGGCUAUUUUUGAUGCAUGGACUUGAUAGUUAAAAAGAUUCAAUGUUUGGUUGGGACCUGGAGUUUGUGUUGGCUUUUUCUUUUUAUGAAUGGGUGCAGCUCAAGCAAUUUCCAGUGAUAAAAUUAUUCUGCCCCCUGAUUUCGUUUCCUCUUUUUGCCGUCCCUGUUUGUGAAAAAACAUUUAAAGAACUAUUAAAAUCGGUCUAAGAAUACAAAAUUAUUUGGUAGGCUGUGGAAUUAUGUUGACAUCAGUUGAAAGAAAUGCAAGAUUUGUUGACCUACCAGUUGCUUUUAAAAAAGCGUGGUGCACAGUUUUGUGGUGGUUUGUUGUCCAGAGAGUUGUUACAGGCAUUUUACUACAUGCCAAAAUCCGAUCCGGGUUUUAAUGAUCAUGCUCUCAGUGUCAACCACAUCAUGUUGAAUAAAUUGUUGAGAAUAAAUCUAUCUUUAAGUAUCAUAGAAUAGUGGUCUUGUAAUGACUGAAAUGAAGCAGUAUUUUUUGAGCUCACGGUUCUAUAUAACAGCCAAUAGAUACCAAAAAAUACAUUAACUUAGAAUGUAUGAGAUUGAUGUAGUCUUCAGAGACAAUCUAAGUUUCAUUUGUUUGUCUGUGUUUAGAAUUUAAAAGGGAGCUUGUGAACAUGAAUGUAAGGUGCAAUCUUUUCAAGUUACAUGGUAUAUGGAUCAUAUAGCAUGUAUGUAACAUCUGCAGAACAUUUGAAUCAAAAUGUUUUCCAAUGGAAAUUUUGAAUUUUAAACACAUGACAUUUGAGAGAAGUGCGCAUGCACUUUUUAAUUGUAUAUAUAUAUAUUUAAAAAAAAAAUUAAGUUGUUGGUAUGUUGAAAGGAAGAAUGCUGACUGCAUGUGUUGAAAUAAUGUAUUUUCUCUCUUGGUCUUGUCAUGGUUUGACUAAAUAUAUCAAGUUCAAACAGUACAAUUUAAAAUCAUAUUUCGGAAAUAUAUAUUGUUGUAUUUCAACAUAUGCAGUACUGAGAAAGUUUUAGACAAUAGAACUUAGGAAAUGUUUUAAUGAAAGAUGCUCAAAGAAUAAUGCUCGCUUAAAUUGCAGUCUCGUGUUCUGCUGGGUUGCAGUUACAGUGUCAUAUACGUAUAAAAGAAUUGAUGAAAAUUGCCUUGAGUUGGAAUAAUUUGUGAUGAAAUGGUUCUGUCAUUCGGUUCAAAUCUUCCCUAAAUUUGCUAUGCACAGAAAAUUAGUUUACAAGAGAGUGGAAAAUUAAUUGUAUUGUUAUAUUUAAAGUUAAUUUUACUAGUAAGCUUAACUCCUUAUGUUAUAGCCUGUGUGUUUUAUAUAGUUCUAAUGGGGUUCUUUUCUCAUUUAUUGCAUCUUUUAAAGUUAAAUUUGCACAUGUUCUGUAGAUCUUCAGAUUUAUUUCAUAUAUAGUAUGUGUAUAACCCUAAUUGGUUUUGCAUGUUUGUGGAGAUUUUAAUGUCAUUCUGUCAUGUGUGUAUAUACACGAAUUUUCUGUGAUAUUGAAAACUCACUGGGAGUAAGUAGAAUAGAAAUUGUGUUGGUUGUGAACUGGCAGAAAAGGUUACUGAUUGUGGGUUAUUAGGAAGACUUCUGUAAGAAUGAAAGUUCUCUUAUUAAAUUGUAAUUCAGAUUGUUAAAUUUCAAAAAAUUCAUUGGAAAGAUUAUUUUUUUUUUUUUUUCCCUUAAGAAUCUCUAACAAACUACUUACUAGUUUGUUUCCGUUGGAUUUUUCAUCUUCAGGGAAUUACAUUCACCAAUGCUUCCAUUUUCCAACAAUUCUCUUUCAAGAAAUGAAUCUUUCUUUCUGAGGGAGUGGAGGUCUUACUAUUUUCUAAAUUCAUCACUUACCUUAAAUGAUCCAUAACAAGAUUAAUUAAUGGCAAUGCAGAUUUGAUAAGGGCUAAUGUGUUUGGUGGAUUAUAAUUGGGUCUGGCCCGUCCGUGUUGUUUCAUAAUUUGAGGACGUAGUCCCUUCAAAGGCCACAAGGCUUUUGACUUGCAUGUUGUUCGUCCCUCAGCAAGGGUUGAUCAAUGAUAGAAACGUGAAUUUUAAUGUAGGUGCUGCUGAAAGUGUUAGUGACGUCACAGGUACAUUUUGAAAUGUUGACUCCAAACUUGUUGCCGUGAUGGGUAGCUCAUCUUAAAGAUUGGCGGUGCUAUUAACUUGUUAACAUGCAAAGAGUUCUUGUAACUCUUUCCUUCCCUAUUAGCCACUGCCAAAGAACAGUCCAUGUCUUUGUGUAUACCUGUGUGAAUGGGUAUUGAAUUUCAUAGUACUCCAUUGCGUGAAUGGUUCUUUCUAAACAAUUGAAAAGGAAUUUUUUUCCCCUUUUAAAAUAAUUUCUAACAAAAAGUGUGCCUCUGUCAUGUGUUUUUCUUUUGAGGUAAGAGGAAUCAACGAAAUGAGUGUGAGUGUGUAUGCAUGUGCGUGUGUAUGCGACCUUACCGUUGAACAGGGUCGAGAAAUAAGUGAUUUAAUAUUUGUACCUGUGAUAGUCUCAGCUCAGUGCAUCAUUCUGAUGUCUGAUCAAUGCUGCAUUUUGUCUUAUUUGUGUUAAUACUGUUUUCUAACUUAAUUUUGUGUAUGGAGAUGAAAACUUUGUUUGUAGAUAAAUUGUCUUAGUUGUGAGGAAAAUAUUUAUAUUGUGUGUGUUUAGGCAGAAUAGAUGAUUCUUAUAUAUUUUUAAUAAUGUUGUCUUCUGCCUUUUUAAGUAGAAUAUUUAUUAUCACUUGAAAUAUUUCUUUGAUUACUGAACACAGCUGUGACUGCAAAACAGUGUUCAUUCAGAUGUAAUUUGUUCACCACGACUGCUGAUAAGAAGGGAUGGCAAAAAUAUUUCAGUAACUCCUAUUUCUGAAGGUAAAUUUGCAUUUACAAUAAUUGUCUCCUUGUUUCUUUGUAGUAUUAUUAUUGUAAGUUCUGAAAAAGCCAGAUUAAUAAAAAGAUAAAAUUUGAA